AUGGAAAGGCAGCAUCUACAAACUGCUCUACUCCGAGUUCCUGAUCUUCAUCUCGCUCUACUUCACCAUCAGCCUUGUCUACAGGUGAGCACCUUCACACCCACGGCCUGGCCUGGAGCAGGACACGGGAUAAACACGGGAUCGGGGCAGGGAUCCUGCUGGACAGGCACUUGCCAGACUCUGUUCACAGGAGGGAAGGAAGAGGGAGAACUGCUUCUCUUUGUCCCUUUUAGGCUGAUCCUGAGCGAGAGCCAAAGGCUGAUGUUCGAGAAGCUGGCGCUGUACUGCAACAGCUACGCCGAGCUAAUCCCCGUGUCCUUUGUGCUGGGUUUCUACGUGGCCCUGGUGGUGUCCCGCUGGUGGGCCCAGUACGAGAGCAUCCCAUGGCCGGACCGGAUCAUGAACCUGGUGUCCUGCAACGUGGACGGGGAGGACGAGUACGGGAGGCUCCUCCGCCGCACCCUGAUGCGCUACAGCAACCUGGUCAGCGUGCUGAUCCUGCGCUCCGUCAGCACCGCCGUCUACAAGCGCUUCCCCAGCAUGGAGCACGUCGUGAGGGCAGGCCUCAUGACACCAGAAGAGCACAAGAAGUUUGAGAGCUUGAAUUCCCCCCACAACAAGUUUUGGAUCCCAUGCGUGUGGUUCUCCAACCUGGCUGUGAAGGCAAGGAAUGAUGGGAGGAUCCGGGACAGCGUGCUGCUCCAAGGCAUCCUGAAUGAGCUCAACACCCUGCGCAGCCAGUGUGGGAGGCUCUACGGAUACGACUGGAUCAGCAUCCCCCUGGUCUACACCCAGGUGGUGACCGUGGCUGUUUACAGCUUCUUCCUGGCCUGUCUGAUCGGGAGGCAAUUCCUGGAUCCAGAGAAAGCAUAUCCUGGCCAUGAGCUGGAUCUCUUCGUGCCUGUCUUUACGUUUUUGCAAUUCUUCUUCUACGCUGGCUGGUUAAAGGUGGCCGAGCAGCUCAUCAACCCCUUUGGGGAGGACGACGAUGACUUUGAAACCAACUGGCUCAUCGACAGGAACCUGCAGGUCUCCCUCAUGGCAGUGGAUGAGAUGCACCAGGAUUUACCCAUUCUGGAGAAGGAUCUGUACUGGAACGAGCCCGAUCCCCAGCCACCCUACACCGCAGCCACUGCCGAGUACAAGCGCCCAUCCUUCCUGGGCUCCACUUUUGACAUCAGCAUGCAGAAGGAAGAGAUGGAGUUCCAGCCCCUGGAGCAGAUUAAAGAGAACGAGGAGGCCAACCACUCCACUCCCUUGCUGGGACACCUGGGCCGCCUCCUGGGUGUCCAGUCCCCGAGCUUCUCCAGGUCCUCUUCCCGGAUGAACCUGCUGCGCCGGCGAGGAGAUCCCGCGUCGCCCUUCUCCCAUUAUACCUACCAGGACAUGGGGAAGUCUGGAAGCCCUUGUGGCAUCAAUCAGCCAAGGGGAGACUCCCAGGAGCAGUGGGACAGUGAAGAGGGAAAACUGAGGGAGUUUGAUGCCUUCAUGUCCACCCCCUUCUAUGAGAGGCCUGGGUUCUACAGCGCUCCACAGACACCCAUCAGCUCCAUCCCCAUGAUUUUCCCUUCCCGCCGCCAAGGGCGCAAGAAGCCGCCGGCGCUCUCCAGCAUCGCUGCGUGCUCCACUUCCCUUCGGGAUGUCAUCGUCAACAGCUCCCCUUCCAGGGCCAGCGAUGUGGACAAGAGUCAGAGCUCCCUGGGCUCUGCUGCAAGAGAAACCUUUGUUUGGCCCACGGAGCGGAGCAGAGGUCCUGAUUUCAUGGCUGUGACAGUAGAAGAAGGAAAGAGCAGCUCCAGGGAAGCUGCCACCACGGGAAGCCCAGGAGCACAGUCCACAGCGUCCAACAGCCCAAAAUUCCCCUUCCUGGCAGAGUCCCCCGAGCACGAGAAACAAGGCAGCUUCAAGAAUCUGAAGAGCUCCAAAGCCUCGCACCCACCCUGGCUAAACCUGGAGAGCACGGCCUCAGCCACUCCCAAUUCAGAGCAUUCCAGUGCCUUUCACACCCCCAGUAACAAAACCCCCGGAGGCAGCGUCUCCCUCUGCUUCUCCUUCACUCCAGUCACCUCUCCAGCGCUGGAAAGGUCCCACAAGGGGAACCUGGGCCCCGAGGCUCACAGCCUGAGUUUGGAAGAUGCAGCCAGUGCUCCAGACCAGCACCCAGAGGUUUCCAGGAACAUGAGAGACACUGGGAAUGGAAGCACUAACCCCCCAGCUCCAAAAGAGCCCAGGAGAGCAGAGAGUCCAUCCCCCAAUGACUCUGGAAUCUCCCUAGCCGAGGAGGACUACGUGGGGCUGAUGGAGGUGAUCCUGGAGGCCAGUGAAAGCCCAGGGGAGGAGCAGAUGGACCAGUACAGCUAAAGGGGACCCCAUGGAUCCAUGGGAUACCUGCCUUAUCCUGGCACUCACCCAAACAGAAGUGCUGGACAUGCAGCUGGAGCCCGGCCUGGGCUAAAACCAGCACUAAGGACACAAUGCUCCUGGCCUCAGCAGGCACAACUCGUGUUGCAACAAGAACAGAAGCACCAAAAAACCCAAUCUGUAGCAAAAGAACAAGACUUUGAGUGUUAAAUACUGCAGGUACCAGCCUGACCAGCCAGGUGUAGCCCAGAACAGGAGCACAGGUGAUGCAGAUAUUUCCCCUCCUCAUCACAGCAAGAAUGAGAACUUGAGCUUCCAAGUCUCAGGCAGGACUUGCACUCCUAACAAGAUACUCCAGGGAAAAGUAAGGGACUGAAGCAAGUCCCAUCACUUGUGAUGCAGACCCACAGUGCUUCUGCCAGUCCUGUCUGGCUGGUGUUUUCCAGUACUGGGAAAGUACUGGAGUAAGGCAGGGUAAGGGCCUACCAGCACGGGCAGCUGCAGCAUCUGCCCAGCACAUUGCUUCCUUCUGAAAUUCCACAUCCCCCCUGCCACAGAUUUGACAGUGCUCAGAGAAAGAUGGAUGGCAGCAGACACCACUCAGCUGAUUUUUACUGCCCACCCUCAGAAAAUAAAAGCAAGGCUCAAGCCCA